AUGAGUGCGUUUUCCUGCAACUUUGAAGUUCUUGACUCGGAACAGAUUUGUCACGCCAUUCCCUCCAUUCCUAAAGGUCUAUGGGUAUCUGAACUUCGCGAGAAGAAAAUCGAGUUGACUGACGACAGAGAGGGCCCAAUUGGCAUUCUUGUUGGAGCGGACGUCACGGGAAAGCUAUUCACCGGGAGGCGCGAGGUAUUAAGCUGUGGUUUGGUUGCUAUCGAAACUAGCCUAGGUUGGACCAUAAUGGGCCGCGUUAAGGACGCUGAGACAAGUUCUAUGGUUAACAUCAAUUUGCACUGCGCCCAGGAGUUCGACCCUUCUGAUAUGUGGAGGUUGGAUGUGUUGGGCAUCGAGGACCCCGCUUUGGUUAGUACCAAAGAAGAGGCAAAAACGGUUGUGCGUCGGCACUUCUUGGAAACAGUUAAGAUUUUACCUGAUGGACGAUAUGAGGUAUGUCUUCCAUGUCUGAAGGAACAUCUCCCGCUGCCUCGAAAUUUCGAUCUGGCCCGUGGUAGACUUGAAUCGACCCUAGCCAAGUUACGUAACGGUCAUUUGGUGAAAGAAUAUGAAGCGGUGUUUCAAGAAUGGAUGAAAGAUGAAAUUAUUGGAGAGGUACAGCUUGAUAAGUGGGAUUUCGGACAUUAUUUGCCUCACCGAGCCGUGGUUAAGGAAGCCAGUACCACCCGAAUUCGUCCUGUUUUCGACGCCUCGUCCAAAGAGAAAGGCAAACCUAGCCUGAAUAUGUGUCUAGAAAAAGGGGAGAGUUAUGUAGAGUUAAUCCCAUCGAUACUUCUACGAUUCAGACUGAACGCAAUAGGCGUUAUUUCUGACAUAAGAAAAGCCUUCUUACAGAUUUCUGUUUCGGAAAAGGAUCGGGAUAGCUUGAGGUUCCUAUGGAAGGACGAGGUCGGAGAGAUGAAAAUCUACCGUCACAGGAGGGUGGUGUUUGGGGUGACCAGUAGCCCUUAUUUGCUAGGGGCCGUUAUUGACCAUCAUCUCUCAAAGUGUGAGGAAAAAGUGGCUUCAAAAGAGGUUCCUUAUGAAAGAUCUGUCAUCUCACAGUUGCGCAAAUGCUUGUACGUUGAUAACUGUGUGACUUCGGUUGAUGAUGAGAAGGAACUUUUGAGCUUCAUGUCGCAAGCCAGGGAAAUUUUUAUGAAAGCCUGCUUUGAUCUUCGUGGCUGGGAAUGGAGCGACCCCGAUUGUGCUGCUCACACCAGUUUCCCCGUUCUUGGACUUCUGUGGGAUAAAAAGGAGGAUAUUCUCAGGUUAAACCCUCCCAAGCCUUUGGAAAGUGAUGCCAACACGCGACAAACAGUGAUGUCAGCAGCACACCGUAUUUUCGACCCGCUCGGUGUAUGUGCACUCGCCAUUUUGAUACCGAGAUUGUUAGUUCAAGAAAGUUGGGAUGAGGCUGGGAACUGGGAUACCCCUUUUAAUGAGCAAAGCCAGGCAACGUUCCGUAAGUGGAUGAGUCAAGCUGAUGCCUUGAAUCAAAUCGAAGUCCCACGAUGGUUGAAAUUGAACGUUGGUAAUGUGUCUCUACACACAUUUUGUGACGCAAGUCAGGUCGCUUAUGCCACCGUCUCAUUUUUGCGAGUUGAAACAGAUAACACGGUAUCUGUGAUAAUGGUGGAAGCGAAAAUUCGUGUUGCCCCUGUUAAGAGACCUACAAUUCCUCGCCUAGAGCUUCUGGCUGCAACAAUUGGGGCGCGAAUGGCUUCUAGUAUUGUAAAAGAGAUUGGCGAUGUAGAGUGCUAUUUUUGGUCAGAUUCUUCCACGGCUCUGUGUUGGAUCUAG